AUGUAAUCUGUGCGCAAUAGCAAAAAUGUGUUGGAAUGGGAGGUUGUCGUAGUUGUUUUGAUAGGAAUUAUGCAAUUAAAUUACCGUAGUCGUGUGUGAUUUAUGUUACGAAACAUCAGACAAUGUCUCACGAGACAGAUCUCUUAAUAUCUGUGCCGCGUUCUUGUAUAAAUGAGUUUUACAGCAAGUAUAUAAAUUUAGUUGAAACUUUUUACUGUGUCACACUCUCCAAGAAUAAUUUGUGUUUGCCAAACCAAAAACCUGAUUAUGUGUACUUCAACGUCACGUUCAACUUGAAUCCAACAGACGGAAAUUUCAAUCCUCGGGAGUUGGUUGGCCGCAUUCAGAAAUAUGUGGAGUCAUCGUUGGGAUGGGCGGGCGAGCGAGGCGAGGACUCUAGCUAUGAUUCCGAGUGCGAGGACGAGAGCGCGCACCGCGCCGCCUCUCGGACGCCCUCUGAUACCCUCGCCGCGGAGUUCGCAGAGUAUGUCACCCUCACGCCCUCGACACCGCAUCCUACCCAAGUUAAAAUCGAGUUCGCCGUGAAAUUGGGGUAUUCUGAGCGAUUAGCGCGAACAGCACUCCAGCGGCUCGGGCCUGACCCGCCGCGCAAUGAGUUACUAGCGGAGUUGAUCCGGCUCGCGGCGCAACAGCCACCGCGGCCGCUCUCUCCGCUGCUGCAGCCCGAGCCUGACGUUCCCGCGGACAGUACCUCGCUGCGACCCAUCGUCAUUGACGGCAGCAACGUGGCCAUGAGUCACGGCAACAAAGAAGUUUUUUCGUGUCGCGGUAUCGAAAUAUGCGUGGAUUGGUUUCGCGCUCGCGGUCACAGGGAAAUCACCGUGUUCGUUCCAAAGUGGCGGAAAGAAGCGACAAGACCCGACAACCCCGUAGCCGACCGAGACGUACUAGAGCGACUCGAACGAGACAGAGUGUUAGUUUACACACCCAGCCGACUGCUUGGCGGGAAGCGGCUCAUCUGCUACGACGAUCGAUACGUGCUGCGCCUCGCCGCCGAGACCAACGGCAUUGUCGUCUCCAAUGACAACUACCGCGACCUUGCCGCUGAGAAUCCAGAGUUUCGACGCGUCGUCGAAGAGCGAUUGUUGAUGUAUUCGUUCGUGAAUGACCGAUUUAUGCCUCCCGAUGACCCACUCGGGCGCACUGGACCCACACUCGAAGUAUUCCUACGUGUGCCGAAGUCCAGGGUCGAGCCUCCUCCGGCGUGUCCCUACGGUCGCAAGUGCACUUACGGCAACAAGUGCAAGUUUCACCAUCCCGAGCGCGCGGGUCGACCACACAAGUCCGUUGCGGAGAAGCUAACAGAGCGGGCGGCGCGGGCACUGCGAGCGCGGGACCUGCACACGGUGAGCUUGCCGCCGGGCGGCCGCCCCGCCGAAGUCAAGCGGCCGCUCGCGCGCGCGCACUCCGCCACGCCGCGGCUCGCCGACGUCGCGCUCGCCACGCACUUCGACCGCGCUCAGCUGCAGCCGCCGGGCCCGUCGCAGCAGCUGCCGUGCUCGCCACCCGGACCCCCCGGCCCGCCCGGCCCGCCGCUCAACGUCAACACUCAUCGGAAGUUGGCGCGGCAACUGACACUAAACCCAGCGUGCGAUCCACGCCUGCAUUCGGCGGCGACACGCGUGGCCAGUGCGCCGGCGCCGGCGGGAAUGGCUGGCGGCGCGGCGGCGGCGCUUGGGCCGGGCAUGUCGGACGGUGCGCUGCAACACUGGGACGCACGGCAGCGCAUGCGCUUCCACCUGGCGGGCAUCUUCCCCGAGGCGCAGGUGGUGGAGGCGAUGGCGGCACACCCGGAGGAGACGGACGCGCAGCAGAUGUGCGCGAUCAUCCUGGCGCGGUACCGGCCGAGCGAGGCGCCGCCGCCGGGAGCGCCGCACUGACCGCUCCGCGGCGAGUCUCGACCCUCGAAUUGCCCCCGGUUUUGUUGAAAAUCGGGUCGUACGUUCGAGCUCACGCCCUGGUCGGGGCGUAUGACUGGAUCUUGGAAAAUUCGGGAGCGGCGAUGCGGGAGUCCACUGUUGAGUCGGCGUGAUUUAACGAUGGAUCAAAUGAUUUACUAUCUUUUCAAUGUCUCGUUAGCCUUGUAAUAAGUGUUUGAUACAACACGAUUGAAAAUCCCGUGGAUAGCGAUCGUGGUGCGUGUGACACCUUACCACUUUGUGUAAUGUUACGCUGUCGGCUGUACGCUUCUGAGAAGUGCACGCCAUUAUAAUUAAGCGUAGAUGUACAAAAUCUUUUUCCAUUAGAGGAUAUUAUCUAGCCGAUUUUCUCUUUUCAUAUUGUACUAACCCCGCUGAAAAAAAAAACAUUAACGACGUUCGCUUAAAGUUCCAGUAAAUCAUUUUGUAAUACACGCGAUAUAAAAAUAUUGUAAGAGUAGUAAAUUUUUUGGAAUUACUCAUUAACACUGUUAUAUCCCUUUCCACUAUAAAAUGUAGAUUAAAAAUCAAUUUAAGGUCUAUGAUGGUAUAAAUCAUUAUUGGUACUAUGUAUCAACUAAGUUAAUUUAGUUGUAAAAACUAAUAAUAUAAAUUUAUGACACACUUCAAUAUUAUCAGUUUUAUAAAUGCAAUGUAAACAAAAUUAUUUUGUUGAAAUAUUCUGGUAAUUAGGGCACUAAUGUGAAAUGUUUCCAGCAUGUGAGUGUUUGUAAACGUUAGCUCAGCACACGAGGCGGCGUUUUAUUUUUAAAACACCGCCUUGGUCUUCUCAAGUAUUUGUCCACGUUUGCGGUGGAUUUUCUAAUAAACUAAAAUCAAUACUUGCGAUUGUAUAUAACAUACACGAAUUACAACUCUGAUCCCAUAUAAAUAAGCUAUAUGGUUUGUAAUCACGUAUUCGUUAAAGUGCCGAGUGAUAUUAGUCCAGUAAUUUUAACAAUUUUGGAUGUUUUCACAAUAAAGACUUGUUUCGCUAUGUAGUAUAUUUUAGAUAUAAACAAUGGCCAGCUAUCAUUACGGACUAUAAGUCAUAGGUGUAACUAUGAAAACAAUCUGUUGUUUGAUUUUUAUUAAAUUGAACUGUUUGAAAACUUAAAUGCAAUGCAUCGAAUGAAAA